AAUGAAAAGACGAGGGGAGCUGCUUCUCAUUGCCCCUGAGCUGGAGCGAGACAAAGAUGAUUCGCACACAGAUGAAAAUGUGGCGCUUUAUGUCUUCCCACCUGACCGUGGCAUCUCUGAACUCCGCGUGAAUGAGGGAUGGUAGUAAACUGACCCAAGUCUAGACAAGGAGGACGUGAACAACAUGUUUUGCGAGACAUGAUGCGACACGCCCCGUGUUUGGUUUUCACGCUUUCCGCCUUGCGCCACCGACGACUUAUUACAUUUUUCUCCUUUUCAUUUGUGCACGGAACCUGCUUAAAUAUAACGUGUAUAACAUCUGAAUGUAACUUACAAAAAAGCAAAGAAGAAGAACAAUAACUACCGGCUCUCGUGAAAUUAAACAGCAAGUUAACCUUUUUCUUUUACAAUUGCCAUCUCUAUAAAUUCUGUCUGGACACAUUUAACAUUGGAUUUCUCACCGGAAUGUGUAUGUCUGUGCACGCAUGGUGAGACAGCUUGAAACCGCGACUACACGUUUUCUUUGAUGUUUUUACAAUGUUUGUCCAGUUGCUUAGCGCAUAGUGCUGCUUCAUAAAAGUUUGAGACACUGGACGACCAUGGGGGCGGAUAGAGGGACUGCCCUUUCCACCUCCAUUCUCACGCUGAAAAGCUGAUAUUGCGUUGUCCGCUCAUUGUGCAGUUCAGCUCGUUUGUCUAGCUGCUCGACAAAACACACGUCGAUUUUUCCUCAGUAUUGCACAAGUUUUGAUUACCAAGGCGAAUAUUUUACACAGCCUAUUAUUUAUUACUUUGAAACAUUUGGGUAUUUUAAUGUCCAGCGCACGGGAACUCGUGUUGAUCAUUGGGAAUACAACUUUUCUCUCUGCGCAAAGAAAAGUGACUCAGCGCACGUUUACGCACAAAAAGGGCGGACGCAUUUGAAAAUCGACAAUAAUCGUAUUCCUGUUGUGAAGACCCAAAGUUGGAAUGGAAUUACUUGGUGGUCUACUCAUACAAAAGGUCAAAUAUGCGUAAUUUUCCCCUACAGUUCCUCGCGGAUAGCCAUAUAAAGGGUGCAAAUUGCCAUAGUGCACCAAACUCAAGCAAAGUACGAUGGACACGUGCAUAUUUGUUGACUCUCCUUUUUUGCGAUUUACUCGAGGUCUCUUUGUGUGAAAGUGUGGCAGGAAUCAAAGUUGAACACGAAGGAUUUUGUCCAAACAAGCUGAACGCUAAUCUUUGGGUUGAUGCACAAAGCACAUGUGAGAGGGAAUGCGACAUCGAUGAGGACUGUGCUGACUUUGAGAAAUGCUGCACCAAUGUGUGUGGCUUCAACAGUUGUGUUGCUGCUCGUUUCUCUGAUGGCACCCCUGCUCUGCCACAUGAACAGGGUGAAGGGAACGGUGAUGCUACCUCCGCCUCCACAGCUACCUGUGAGGGCUUUAUCUGCAGCCAGCAGGGAGCAACCUGUGACAUCUGGGAUGGACAGCCCAUCUGUAAGUGCCAGGAUCGGUGUGAGAAGGAACCCAACUUCACCUGUGCAUCGGAUGGCCUCACCUAUUUCAACCGCUGCUAUAUGGAUGCAGAAGCUUGCAUCCGGGGGGUGACUCUAACUGUGGUCCCCUGUCGAUUCUACCUCGCUGGCCCUCCCACCAGCCCCCUGCCUCAAGACACUACAGUUCACCCAACCCCAACAUCCUCCCAGGAGGAUCCCAUGCCUCCCACGCUGUACUCCAACCCUCACCACCAGUCCAUCUAUGUUGGAGGCACAGUCAACUUCCACUGCGAUGUCAUUGGAGUCCCUAGACCAGAUGUAACAUGGGAAAAGCAAAGUGACCGGCGUGAACGCCUUGUCAUGAGGCCUGAUCAGAUGUAUGGCAAUGUGGUUAUAACCAAUAUUGGACAGCUAGUAAUUUAUAACGCCCAGGUUUGGGAUACCGGCAUCUACACCUGUAUAGCACGGAAUUCUGCAGGAGUUCUUCGUGCAGACUAUCCUCUGUCUGUUAUUCGCCGGUCAGAUGAUGACUUCUCUGAAGAUCCUGAGAUGCCCAUGGGACGGCCUUUCUCUCCAGCAGAUUGCCUGGCGGAAGUCGACCUGAGUGUGUGCAGUGGAGACCGUCAUGUUGACUGGUAUUAUGACAGCAAGCUGGGCUCCUGUGUGACGUUUAGCAGUGGUGGAUGCGAAGACAGCCGAAACCGAUUUGAGACUUAUGAGGAGUGCAAAGCCUCUUGCCAGAGAGAAGACAUGGGGAUCUGCUCUCUGCCUGCUGUUCAAGGUCCCUGUAAAGCUUGGGAGGCACGCUGGUCCUGGAAUUCCAUAACAAAACAGUGCCAAGCCUUUGUCUAUGGUGGCUGCCAUGGGAAUGCUAACAACUUCCACACCAAAAAGGAGUGUGAGGCCAACUGCCCGCAACCAAAAAGGAAGCCUUGCAAGACCUGUCGUGUGAAGGGGAAAAUGGUGCCCAGCUUAUGCCGCAGUGACUUUGCUAUUGUGGGCCGACUGACAGAGCUUGUUGAGGAUCUGGACUCUGGGUUAGCCCGUUUUAGCUUGGAAGAAGUCUUGAGGGACGAGAAGAUGGGCUUGACUUUCUUCAAUACCAAACAUUUGGAGGUGACUAUUUCUAAGAUAGACUGGAGCUGUCCCUGUCCCAACAUCACUGUUGAGGAAAACCCUUUGCUGGUGAUGGGUAUGGUGCAGGACGGCAUGGCUAUCAUCCACUCAGACAGCUAUGUAAGAGCCAUAAAUGAACGCAGGCUGAAAAAGCUGCAUGAUGCUCUGGGUAAAAAGGCCUGUGACACCUUACUAUGACUUAGACUCGUUCUGUCCACAGAUGGGUUUUAGUGAUGUAUGUGUUUGAAAUGAA